AUGGUAUAUGUGCCAAUGGUUCCAAGCGAGCUGGUUGUCAACGAAGCAGGGUGGAGACAGUACAAAGAGUGGCUGGGCAGGGACGCAUCCGAAAAAGCGGUUGUGAUGGGCAGGCCUGGGAUAGGAAAAGAGACAAGCAUCAGACUCAUUAACAAAAUACACAACUACAAAGAAGUCCACAUAGACGGAAUGCUCUCAAAAGAGGAAAUAAGCGAAACAAUCCAGAGCAUAGAAAAAACAAGCAGAGCAAAGGACAUCAAAGGAAGAAGCAGGAUAUUUGUAUUCAGAGACGUAGAUAGACAGUUUGUCAGGCAGAUACUGGCGAUAAAAAAUCGAAUGGUCAAAAUAGUUGUGAUUGUAGACGAUGUGUCACUGGGGAAAACGUACUCCAGCGCAGAGGGAGGGUGCGAGGUGGUCAAGAUGUACAGCGACAUGCACAGAACGCACAGAAGAGCAGAGAACAUCUGCAGGAAGAUCGGAAUAGUCAUGCCCGAUGAGAUAAGCAGCAGAAUAAGAGAAGGAGAGAAAAUAGGAAAAACCGUUUCUGAUAUAGAAAUAUUCCGCAGAAACAGUAAGAUAAAAGGUCACGCAGGGGUGGACACGGGAGGCAUGGGGUACAUAGAAGCGCUCGAUAAAAUACUGCACAGGAGAGGAGGAAAAAGAAAGAGCUAUUCCGAGAUUGAGAGAGUCUGCAGCCAGAGCGGGAUACAGACAGUGCAGGAUCUUCUCUUCAACAACUAUCUGGAAAAGUGUUUGUCGAUCGAAGAUGCGUGCACUCUUUCUGAAUACAGCUCGCUGUACGAUGUGAUUGGGAAUAACAACUUGCUCGGGUACGAUGCAAAGUGUGUUUCUGUCUACCAGUUCCACAAUCUUCUGUACAACACAAUAUUCGUCAGCUUCAAAGGUGUGCAGAAAAAGACAGAAGCGGUGGAAAAGGGCCUUAUCUACAACAAUAUGCCCAUCAGCCGCUUGAAGGCGGAUAACAUCAAAGAAUUAGUCUCGGUGCUUGUGAGAAAAGUGAAAAAACAGAGCACUCCUGGCCAGACAGACGAGUACACAAAGAGAUCUAUUAGGUACGUGCUUGAGGGAUUGAAGCAGGCAAGUUUUAUAGAGGAGAAAGACCUCAUUACGAUGCAGUCAAUCGAUAUUAUGCCCACGAACAUCUGCAAAGUAAACAUCCCCAGAUACAUUUACAAAGACGGACACUCUCACUAUGUCACAAGAGACAUAAGACUGAGCGAAAUACUUGAAUAA